AUGGAGGAAAUUGGAGGCUCAAACAAUUCGGUCAACCAGACCGAAAAGGGGCUGCACACUCCAGAUUCUAUUAACACUACACACUUGACGAAUACUCACAAUGGCAAGAAGCUUCCGCCCAUGGAUGGCGGCAUGGAUGCCUGGCUUUUUCUCGCGGCCUGUUUCGUAAUGGAGGCUCUGGUUUGGGGAUUUGCUUUCACAUAUGGUGUUUUCCAAGAAUAUUACAGCGCAAGCCCCGAGUUCAAAAAUAGUGGGAACAUUGCCGUCGUCGGAACAUGUGCUAUGGGAAUUAUGUACCUAGACCUCCCUCUCGUCUUCGCCGCCUACAGACAAUGGCCCAAAUAUCAACGCCUCGGCUGUGCCACGGGAGUGCUCCUGAUGUGUUUCGCCUUGGGUCUUAGCUCCCUCGCCACAAACGUCACUCAUCUCAUCAUCACCCAAGGUAUCUUCUAUGCCAUUGGUGGCAGCAUCGCCUACUCACCAUGUAUCCUCCUUAUGGAAGACUGGUUCGAGAAGCGCAAGGGUCUCGCCUUCGGUGUCAUGUGGGCUGGCACUGGACUCGGUGGUGUCGUCCUCCCCAUCGUGAUGGAGCAGCUGCUGGACCGAUUCGGGUUCAGAACUACACUGCGCGCUUUCGCCAUUGCGCUAUUCCUCCUCACCGCGCCGCUGGUUUACUUCGUCAAACCGCGUACGCCAAUCCCUGAUAACAGACCCAGUCCCCCACCGCCGAACCUGCGCUUCAUCUUCACAUCUACAUUUGCGCUCUUCGAAUUAUGCAACAUUAUCGAGGCUCUGGGAUUCUUCUUGCCAUCUCUCUACCUGCCGACUUACGCGGGUAUGAUUGGUGCAUCAAGCAGUCUGCAAGCUUUGACGGUUAUUCUCUUCAAUUUGGCUUCCGUCGUUGGAUGUGUUCUCAUGGGCGCUAUCAUUGACAAACUCGACGUCACCCUCUGCAUCCUCGUGUCAACGGCCGGGUCUACAAUCGGUGUCUUUCUCAUCUGGGGAUUUUCCAUGUCCCUCGCUCCGCUAUUUAUCUUCUCAAUCGUAUACGGUCUUUUCGCAGGCUCGUACACGAGUACCUGGCCUGGUAUCAUGCGUGAUGUUGUUCGCAAGAAGGCAUCUGCGGAAUCAAGCAUGGUCUUCGCUUGUCUUGCUGCUGGCAGAGGUAUCGGGAACUUGGUUUCCGGACCACUUAGUGAGGCUCUUGUUAAGGGGCUGCCGUGGAAGGGUAAUGUGGCCUAUGGAUAUGGCAGUGGGUAUGGGCCGCUGAUUGUUUUCACUGGUGUUACCGGCGUUGUCGGCGGUGGGAGCUAUCUCGCUCGCCGUAUGAAGUGGCUUUAA